AAAAUAUCUUAUUAUUUUGGUUUUUCUAGCUUAUUUAUAUCUGUAAUGAUCUAAUCUUCAUUGGUUUUGAUUGUUCCAGUAAGAUGUCUGAAAUGGUUCUGAAGAAGGAAUUCGUCACUGGAAAUUCCACCAAAGUUACUGCUGGGACGUUCAACACAAAUCAACAGUUGGAGCAGUUCUUGAUUCUUGCUAAAACUGCCAAAGGUUCAGCUUUGAAAGAAUUGAUUAAGCAAGCAAUGGAGGCAAGAGAUGUUUAUUUCUUCGGUGAAUUACUUGAAAUCCCUGCAAUUCAGGCUUUGGAGCAAGAUCCAACAUCGCAGACAUACUUUUCACUGCUUAAAAUUUUUGCAUAUGGUAUAUUUAAAGACUAUCUGGCUGAUAAAGAUACAUUACCAGAAUUGACACCUAUGAUGACAGAUAAAUUAAGGCAUUUGACUGUCGCAACAUUGGCUACAAAAUUCAAAUAUCUUCCUUAUUCGACUCUUCUUGAUGAACUAGCUAUGUCGAAUACAAGACAGCUUGAAGAUUUACUGAUUUCUGCAAUCUACUCCAACGUAAUUCGUGGCAAACUUGAUCAACAGAAUUCUCGUCUUGAAGUUGACUGGACAAUUGGACGUGAUAUUCGACCAGCUGAUUUGGAUAAUAUAACAAUGACAUUGGAAUCAUGGUGCAAUGCGUGUGGUAUUAUGUUACAAGGAAUUCAGACUCAAGUAAAGUCUUCAAAUAUAUUUUUAGAAGAAGAUCAAAAAAGAAAACAACAGAUUGAACAAGAAGUAACAAAUAUAAGGAAAACUAUCAAAGCUGCAUCAGGACAGCAAGAAAUGGAACUUACUUCGAGUGACAAAAAUUUGUCAUCCCACCCAAUGCCAUCUGCAGGGGUUGAAAACAAACCUAAAAAGUCUAAGGUCAAAGGACUCAGGGGUAGUCAAGCGGUUAAUAAGCUAUGGUCAUCAAAAAACUGACAUGAUAUUUUUUCAUUACUAAAUUCUAUGUUUCAAUCAAAUGAUAGCAUUUUAAUGGUUUCAAUGUAAUUUAUUCCGUUUAAUAUAAGUUCAAAGUUUAGGAAAGCGCUAGCUGUAUUAUAUUUCAAAUCACAAUAUUUGUUGAAACUAUUACAGUUUAAACAAUGUUUUUUGCACAAAUGCUAAAGCUUUACAACUGAAGCUGAAUUAGUCAAAAAAUGGUUAUCAUUACCAAUUAUCAAAAUUUUAUAUGAAAUCAUUAAUUAGAAUUGCCAAGUAUUCACUCGUAUAUAUCAAUAUAAAACGUUGUGGUAAGUAUCCCCUCAUUUAUAUUUCAGUAUAAAUGUAUUUCUGGAUUUGCAACAGACUAUAUAUUAAUUCAUUAGACUCAAAAAUGAUGUUUAUAUCAAAUAUUAUUUUGAAAUUUAAACAUAAAACACAAGUUCUUUCGCAGACUAAUUAAUUUACUGGGAAAAUUAGUAAUUUUGAAUAUUUUGACAGAUUUUCAUGUUUUAAUUAGCUUGUAUGUUGAAUUGGCACCACCAGUUGUUUGUCAGUUAUUCAAUAAAUAUGUUUCAGUUCCAGAGUGUUUUUUUUGAGCUUUCAAGUAUUUUGGUCAGAGUGUUUCUGUGUUAACUGGUGAUAAUUUGUUAAAUGCAUUUUCUGUUUUCUUUUAUUUUUUACAUAGAAA